AGGUGGACCUGGUUCUCGACCUGCUGGAGCGCAAGACAGGCGGGCUGUCCGCGGGAGGGGGCCUCAGCGCCGCGGCAUCUGGCGAGGGGGCCUGGCCGGGGCUGAUCGGCUCCUUCUCCUACAACGAACGCAAUCUGUUUGGGUUGAACCAGCGACUCAGCGUGUCAGCGGAAAUUGGGCAGGUGGACAAGUUGUUCCGGAUACAGCACACCGACCCAUGGGUCAACAGCGACCCACAUCGCACCUCCCGCACCAUCCAACUCAUGAACAACCGGACAUCAGGCAACGCGGUCCACGGCAAGGCGGAGACGGACCUGGAU